AUCCCAUUUGUAGCAGGAAAAUCCCUGACAGCUAGUCACUCAGUGGGGGCCAAUGUACAGCGGGUGCUCUCCCUGAUGAAGUCCCACAACAUGGCGCUGUGUAACGGUAUGGACCACCACCCCUCUAGAUCCUCCAGUCCGUCCUCUGGAUCCUCCUCCUCGGGCAGUAUCGACACAGACCUGGCCGAGCUCCUACUACAGCUUCAGGAUGAGUUUGGCCAGAUGAGCUGUGAGCACCAGGAGCUGUCCCACGAGAUCAGUGAGGCCACGGACCCCCAGAUCAGAGAGGACCUGGAGAGAGAGCUCGACGCGCUGGUGACGCGAAUGGAGAGCAAGAGUCAGCAAAUCUCCAAAAUACGGCGACAUCAAAAUAAAAUAGAUCAAAAGAAGAAGAAAAAGAAGACCGUGGACCCGUCUAAACGACGGUCAGCCUCGGCAAACGCAUACAGCCACCAGAACGGAGAAGUGGAAGUGACCACGACGAUAAAAACUCGGGGCCGCUCAGCGGGCGUCGUUCACGUACAACCUACUAAUGCAAGGGAGGUGUCAUUAAAUGUGUUAAAAGACAUGAAAAAAUUACAGACCACAUUACGAAAAGAUGAUUUAGCCUGGGAGUAGCCAAAUUUGAUAUUAUGGAUUUUAUCUUUGUUUUUUCCAUUUGCGACUGUGAUACUGCAUGGCCUGUGCUCUUUUUUUUGGGGGGGGGAGGGGAAUCCCAUUAAUUCGAUCGCUCAUAUCGUUCCCGAGUGUUAAGUGUUGUAAUCAUGGAUCACCUGUCUAUUGCUAACGACUGUCAGCUGUUUUGGAGUGAAUGAUAACAAAAUCCUUUUACUGCCAAACACAUCUUAUUUGUAUGUGUAAAUUUUUUUUCUAUAAUAAUUAAGUUCUCUAAAAUUUAGAAUCCUGCAAUACAGGCCCAAAAAAUUUUCUCCGAAGUAUUUUCUAUAAUUUUUCAAAACAAUUUGCAAAUUUAGCAUAAUUAAAACAAUUGCUUCAAAAUGUUUUUCCUGUUUUAACUUGUCAGAAAAUUAGAACAAAAUUUUUUUGUGUGUUUUAUUGUUUCGUGUACAUUUUACUGAUUCAAAGGUCCUCUGAUGAAAGACAGCAGCAUUUAUAUCAAAUAUCUAUCAGAGUUUUAUGGAUGUGUGAGAAUACACAAAAUCAUGAGAAAAUCCUGAAUGCUUUCAGACUUUUAAAAGCUUUUUUUUUCAAACAAGUUUUAUAAACGAAAAGAAAGAAACACUGUAAUGUCAUUGAUAUAAAGAAAGAAACAGCGAAUCUGAGCUCUCUAAAAUUUCACAUCAUUUUUGAUUAACUUUCUACUUGUUGAAGACUGUAAAUGUAAAAUGAUGUUGAAAUAUUCCUCUGACUUAGCUGUCGUAUCCAAAUAUAAUUUAACUUUUUACAUGGUAUUAGAUUUUCUUAUUC